UUCUCUUGAUCGAUAAUAUCCUGAUAGCAAAAUCUGCAACAACAAGACCAUAAUAUUUCAAUUAUUUAGGAUCGAUGAUUUUAAAGAUAUAUGAAUAUUUCAAUAUGGUGGAUGGUAAUUGCUGUGCCUCUUCUAAUCAAUAAUAUAGAUAGAUGUCUACGAAUGAAAACAAAAACAUUUCUUUUCCUAUUAUUCAUGAUAAACUUUGUAUAUGGGAGUGAGUCAUUAUCAUGAAUCUUCCAAAACAACAUAUAUAAAUCUUGUGCAUACGAUAUCAUAUAGUUCCAUUAAGCUUUUAAUGCUCUGCCAGAAGAAACAUAUGUGAGCAGGUUCGAGAAGAUAAAGAGAUGAAGGAAAAAAACCAUCACCAAUGCAGUUUAAUGAGAUUAAUGACGAGAACAUCACAGCAGAAACAAAUUGCAGCCACCAGAUUAAAGCUGGUGGAAGAAACAAUAACACAGCGAAGGCAAAAAGAGAGAGAGAGAGAGAGAGAGAGAGAGAGAGAUUUGACUGCUUCGAUCACCUCGGAGAGGAUGGAGGAGGAGGUGGAGGAAAUGGUGGAGCCGGCAGUAGCAGUGGAUGAGGAGGAGGAGGAGGCGGAGGUGGGGGUACAAUGGAGAGGAUGGUGGGGCGAGGCGCCGUGGCCACGAAAGAGUGGAGGGGUGAUGCUCGAGGGAUACGUGGACGGCGCGGACAGCGGUGGGGAUCAGGGACCCGGCGGAUUCUUGAGAACGAAGAGCUUGACGGACGAGGACCUGAAGGAGCUCAAGGGGUGCCUUGACCUCGGCUUCGGUUUCAGCUACGAGGAGAUCCCCGAGCUCUGCAACACGCUCCCGGCUUUGGAGCUCUGCUACUCCAUGACCCAGAGGUUCUUGGACGAUCACCACCACCACCAUCAUCAUCAUCAGCGCUCGUUCUACCGCUCCUCCUCUGGCGAGUCCAUGGAUCUGUGCGCGUCGCCGACGUCUCCUCCCAUCGCCAAUUGGAGAAUCUCCAGCCCAGGGGAUCAUCCAGAUGAAGUUAAAGCAAGGCUGAGGUAUUGGGCUCAAGCAGUGGCUUGUACUAUUAGAUUAUGCAGCUGACAAGGGUUUCAUCUUUUUUUGUGUUCUUCUGGAGACUGGAAGAAUUAAUAGAAUUAAUCCUCUGGUGUCAUGGCAUGCUGCAGCAUUUUUGAUAGAGAGGGGAGUUUCUUGUCAGAAUCAUAUACCAGAGGUACAAAACUGAGGCAUAGAGGAAGAAGAUAAAGAUAGAGAUAUACAAGUGAGGAAGUUAUCUGGAUGGUCUGAGGUCUGAGAUCAGAUUGAUAUCAAGUCUGACCUACAGUCUUGUAAAGCACAUCUUUCUUGUCUUUCGUGUAUGAUAGUAUAGAUGAAUCAAAUGUGUUUUCUUUUUUCCUUGUCCAUAUUGAUUGCUCUAGUUUGUGAAUAUUGUUUAAUGUAAUAUGAAUGAAAUUAUAAUCAUAGAUUUGCAGUCUUACAA